GACAGAGCUGAAAUGGCGCAGCAAGGAGCUCAGCUGGACCAAGAAAACUUUUCUUGUUCGAUCUGUUUGGAUCUACUGAAGGAUCCGGUGACUAUUCCCUGUGGACACAGCUACUGCAUGAGGUGUAUUAAAUACUUCUGGGACGGAGAGGAUAAGAAGGAAAUCUACAGCUGCCCUCAGUGCAGCAUGACCUUCACACAGAGGCCUGUCCUGAUGAAAAACACCAUGUUAGCAGCUUUAGUGGAGCAACUGAAGAAGACUGGACUCCAAGCUGCUCCUGCUGAUCUCUGCUAUGCUGAACCUGAAGAUGUGGCCUGUGAUGUCUGCACUGGGAGGACGCUGAAAGCCUUCAAGUCCUGUCUGGUGUGUCUCGUCUCAUAUUGUGAGAAACAUCUCCAGCCUCAUUAUGAAUCACCUACAUUCAAGAAACACAAGUUGGUCGACCCCUCCAAGAAGCUCCAGGAGAACAUCUGCUCUCGUCAUGAUGAGGUGAUGAAGAUGUUCUGCCGUACUGAUCAGCAGAGUAUCUGUUAUCUCUGCUCUGUGGAUGAACAUAAAUGCCACGACACAGUCUCAGCUGCAGCCGAAAGGACUGAGAGGCAAAGAGAGCUCGAGGUGAGUCGACUAAACAUCCAGCAGAGAAUCCAGGACAGAGAGAAAGAUGUGAAGCUGCUUCAACAGGAGGUGGAGGCCGUCAGUCGCUCUGCUGAUAAAGCAGUGGAGGACAGUGAGAAGAUCUUCACUCAGCUGAUCCGUCUCAUCCAGAAAAGAAGCUCUGAUGUGAAGCAGCAGAUCAGAUCCCAGCAGGAAACUGAAGUGAGUGGAGUCAAAGAGCUUCAGGAGAAGCUGCAGCAGGAGAUCACUGAGCUGAAGAGGAAAGAUGCUGAACUGAAGCAGCUUUCACACACAGAGGAUCACAACCAGUUUCUACACAACUACCCCUCAGUGUCACAACUCAGUGAACCUACAGAAUCAUCCAGCAUCGAUAUCCGUCCUCUGAGAUACUUUGAGGAUGUGACAGCAGCUGUGUCAGAGCUCAGAGAUAAACUACAGGACAUCCUGAAGGAGGAAUGGACAAACAUCUCACUGACAGUGACUGAAGUGGACGUUUUAUUGUCACAACUAGAGCCCAAGACCAGAGCUGGAUUCUUACAAUAUUCAUGUGAAAUCACUCUGGAUCCAAACACUGCAUACAUAAAGCUGUUAUUAUCUGAGGGGAACAGAAAAGCAAAACUAAUGAGUCAACAACAGUCUUAUUCAAGUCACCCAGAUAGAUUCACUGUAUAUGAACAGGUCCUGAGUAGAGAGAGUCUGACUGGCCGUUGUUACUGGGAGGUGGAGUGGAGCGGUUUAGGAGUUCGUGUAGCAGUCGCAUACAAGAAUAUCAGGAGAGCAGGAGGUACAAAUGAAUGUGGAUUUGGAAGCAAUGACAAAUCUUGUGCUUUAAGAUUUUACAAUAAUUGCUAUACAUUUUGGUUCAACAACAUCUCAACUCCUGUCUCAGGUCCUUGUUCCUCCAGAGUAGGAGUGUACCUGGAUCACAGAGCAGGUAUUCUGUCCUUCUACAGCGUCUCUGAAACCAUGACUCUCCUCCACAGAGUCCAGACCACAUUCACUCAGCAUCUCUAUGCUGGAGUUUGGCUAUUAGAUUCUGGGGUCACAGCCGAAUUCUGUAAACUCAAAUAGACAAAUCUUUUCAGACUUCAUGUGUCAGAUUGUGUGUU